AGUGAAAAUUUUUUGAUAGAAUAAAGGUACAGUAAAAGCUGUCCAACUGCAUCCUACAGUGCCUGAAAGGCAGAUGAAUCCUUCUGUUGUCUCUUCUGUUGUGUAUUACAGCCACGUCAACACUUGUGUCAAGCAAGAAAUCAAUGUGACUCAUCUGCAGGGUGUCUUGUGGGCAUGGACCAAAGAAGCAAUAUGCAAAAAAUAUAAGAGAUGUGGUGUUAGUUGAUGACAGCAGUUUACUGUGAAGAGAAAUGGAGAUGGCUACAUAUAGAACAGUGGUGGCACUGCUUUUCUGUGUUGUGGUCCUUUUUCAAGGAUGUGAGUCAGAUGUGAAAUGCAGGAAUGACAGUGGAGCUGAAGUUGACUGGUAUAUUUUAUACAAGUUACCCAAUGUGAAAGAUGGCGGUUUGUCAUAUCUGUACAUGGAUGAGAGCACCGGUGGAUGGAGACGCAGCACAGAGAAAAUCAACAGUAGAUCUGGCGCUCUGGCGAACACCCUGAAACCUCUUCUAGACUUCUACAACAGAAAGACUGAAGGCUUUGGAUACAUGCUCUACAAUGAUCAACUUCCAAAACAAUCUAGAAACCAACGUCGACAUACAAAUGCUCCGUCAUCUUUUGGUCACAGUAAAGGAGUUGUGAUGUUGGACAGACAAACUGGAGUCUGGCUCUCACACAGUACACCAAGAUUUCCAACAUAUCGCAGUAAAGUCUUCUGGCCACAAAGUGGAAAUGCUAACGCUCAAACAUUUAUGUGUGUGACUUACUCCCACGAUGAUUUCAGAGAAAUAGGUAGUCAAUGCAAACAGAAACUGUUAGCUUAUUCAUAUGACUCUGACAUACCAAAAACCUUUCCAAACGAGCUGAGAUGUGUUGCACAGCGAAGCUGCUACCCAAAGAAGAAACCCUGGUUUAGAGAGAAGAUGCUGACUUCACUGAACGGACAACAGUUCCACAGCUUUGCAAAAUACAAACGUUUUGGCGAUGAUCUUUACUCUGGCCUCAUUGUAAACAGUUUGAAUCAGGAUCUGUAUGUCAAGAGCUGGGGAAAGAUGCGCGGUCCUCAGAUUUAUAACUGCGGCAUCACUCAUCAUGUGUAUAAUGUGAAGACAGUAAGACCUCUCAACAUGCAGCCCUUCAGUGACACUGUAGAUCACUCCAAGUGGUGUGUGACACCUGAUGGUAACUGGACCUGCAUCGCUGAUAUGAACAGGGAAAAGAGUCAGAUGUACAGAGGUGGAGGAGCUAUAUGCACCAAUGACGUUACAGUUGGAGAAGCUUUCUACGCAUUAAUCAAAAAGCACGAACCAUGUGAACAUGAAUUUACUGUUCAACACCGAGAGCUUUAAAGACACAACCCUCAUUGAAAUGUGAAGAAAAGAGAGGCUGCAUAUCAAAAACUGAAAGAUCAGAUAGGAACCUGAGGUCACAGAUCCAGACUUAAAAUUGUUGUUGUGCUUUGCAUUUUAGAAGUUUUACUCACCAUAUUUUGAGGUAUAUUCACCCCUGUCUUUUGUAGUCUAUAUGAUGUAUGUUUACUGAUGAAAGUCUGCACUGUUUUUAUUUUUUAAAUCAUGUUUUAGACAUAGAAAUAAACAGAACUGAAUUAUUAUAUCAAUAUUAAACUGUAAAUUCCAUGUUGCUUCAGGCUACCAUUUUUGGUUAAUUGAUUUAACCAUGGGCAGAGUAAACAGUUUGGGCAACCCCUGGAUAAAACGUUUCUUUAACUCUCUGUGAAAUGUGUAAAAUUGAGUCCAUAUGAACAUGUUGUUUUAGGAAUAUAGGAACAAACCUGAAAUAAUGAAGGGCUGUUUGAUUUUGACACAAGGACAUUCAAGGGCAGGCCUUAAAGUAGGACAUAGGGCCCUUAUCAUAUCAUUUGAUAAUGUGCUUUAGUUAAAGUUAGAUAAGUUUAAGUUAAGUUAAAUUAGCACAAACCAGAAUUUCUGGGGUGCCUGUAUGAGAAAAUGAAAGUAAAAUGUCCAAUAUCAUAACUAAACUGAAAACUGAUAUUUAUUGAAAAAGUAAUACAUUUUAGCCAACUAAGUAUAAAAGUAUAAAAACAUUUAUUUCUUGACAAGAAAAACUGAAAUAAACUUCAUUUUUGUAUUUGUACCUAGGUUUUGUCAUGUUGGUAGGCUUAAGGUCCUGGAUGCUUACAGUAACUACAAUGAGCAGGUCUCCUCUAAUCUGUUGUAAUGCCCUGGAAGUGCCAGUUGAGUGCAGCAGUUCAGACUAUGUCAAGUGACCUGUCAAACCACAUUUCACUUUAGUAAUGACUCUUCUUUCUCAGAGGCACACAGUGUUUUUUAAUACUGUAAACAUUUUAAUAGAAUAUAAGUGCAUAGGCUUAGUUUUAGUUCUUUGUGGGUUACAAUUUCUAAUUUCUUCAUGAUGAGGUUAAAAUAAAAGCUUUCCAUUUGAA